AUGGGCUGUGGACAGAGAGUAUCAAGCAGAGGUGCUGGACAGACUGAGGUGAGGCAGUCUACUCUUGUUUAUGUUGCUCGUUGCCUAGAAGAUAGAGAUACCUCAGAUUUCAUUAUCGAUACGUUCUUAAUUUAUGAUGUACCCUAUUUUGCUUUGAUAGAUAUAGGCUCCACACAUUCCUAUGUAGCUAACACUAUGUUUGGAAACUUGGGGAUUUUGGUUGAGAAUACUUCUAGUGAGGUGACUGUACUGAGUCCACUGGGACAAUUUGUUCGGGUUAGUAAACUGUAUGGAGAUGUUCCACUAGAGGUUCAAAGGUCGGUAUUCUUGGCUAAUCUGAUGGAGCUACUAUUUUGGGGGUUUGACCUGAUUCUGGUGGCUGAGAAACUAAUUCGUAAGGAAUGUGAGACGUUCUUGGCCUAUAUUAGUGUUUCCGUUUUUGGAGACUUUAUUGUAAAGGACAUUAGAACUACAAGGGAUUUUCUGAACGUCUUUUUUAAGGAACUAUCGGGUUUACCUCCGAAUCGGGAAGUGGAAUUUGGAAUUGAGCUUCUUUCUAGUACAGCUCCGGUGUCUAUCGCCCCCUAUCGCAUGGCACCGAAGAAGCUUACUGAGCUUAAGGCUCAACUUCAGGAGUUGUUGGACCGUGGGUUCAUCUGUCCCAGUGUGUCUGUGGGGAGCACUUGUGCUGUUUGUUGA